CGCAGUUGUACUUGACAAAAUAUGUCGAAAGUUAAAACUGAGUUUUGUUCUUCAGUUAAACCCGUUCGAAGAAAGAUUUCACCGCCUAGAUUGGUUCUAAUUCAUUCACCGUCAGAGCCAAUAGAGAACGGAAAAAAUCGAAGAAAAUUUCCUUCUUCCAAAGACUGUUGCGUGAAAGUUUGCGCUGUACAUGUGGUCAAUUCUGAAUCAGGAAGCAAACAGGAACGUGUUUCUAUCCGCUAUGAAUGUGGUGGACAAAGUACGUUAGAGAACAAUAACAGUUUAAUUAAUGGGCCAACAUAUUUAUUGGGAAUAAGCAGCAUUACCAGAUAUCCUACUGAUGAACAACUGGUUGAUCUACCAACAUACAAAGUGUGCCAAUAUCACCCUCUAAAUUAUUGCACUUUUAGCCAUAUUCAACCUGGUGAUUAUGGCUUCUGGUUUAGAUUUUUUGGAAAGUCAUGCAGAUUCCACAUUAUGAUAACAUUGAAACUGCACAAACAUGGUCAUAAUGAUAAGAUUGUAAGCACCAUUGAAUUAGAUAUUACAAAUAUUGAGAAAUGUACUAUAAAUAGAAACAUUUCUAUGAAGUCCUCAAAUAGCAAGUCACAUGGUUGUUCAUUGUAUUCUGAGAAAGUAUAUAUUGAUAUUAUGGAAAAAUUGCAACAUCUACAAGAACAUUGUCUGUGGGAGAAGUGCAUUUCUGUUGGAGAUGAAAUAUCUAGUUCUGAGAAAGGCAAAUCCGAUAUUAAGGCAUGCAUACUGCUGGAACAAAGCAAAGCUGUGUGUCAUCAGGGUAAAUUUGCCAUGGCCAAAUUAUUGAUUAAGCAGGCAUUGGAAGCAAUACCAGCAAAGAGUCAAAACAAAGAUUUACUGAUUGCCCGUGCUUACACAUGUUUGUCAUUAUGCCAUCACUCUGAUAUGUCACUGGGAAAUGCUGAAGAAUGUUUGAAAAUUGCCAGUGAAAAGCUGAUUAAUUUUAAGCCUUGUGAGGACACUGGAGACUUACAUUACAAUGAAGGCUGGUUAUUGAUUAGCUUUUUGUUAAAGGUUCCAAAUUUUAAUAAAGGGCUCAUCGCUGAGGCCAAAGAGAAACUGGAGAAGGCAAUAAGUCAUUAUCAGGAGUCCUAUAAUUCUAAACAUGCAAGAAUAACCAACAAAAUUCACAGUACCCAACUUUGUAUAGCAAUUUUGUUUCUUUUUGCUAACCCAGAAAAUGACAGUGUGGUUAUUGCAGAAGAGAUGAUUUCAACUUUGUCUGAUGCUCAUCUGUAUCAGGAAACAAAAUGUAGAUUUAGUUUUGUUAAAGCUCUGCUUCUGCAAUGUCAAUAUUCCAAUGAAGCAGCUAUAAGAAAUGCAAAACAUGCUUUAGAUUUAGCUAAAAUAUGUGGGUUGCAUGUAGAAAAACAAUUAAUUGUUAAAUGUCUGAAAAGCUUAGAAUACAUGUAGUUCACAAACUAUAUGAGUGGGACAUGGAAUUUCUACAAUAUAUGCAACAUCAACUCUUUCACUCAGGCAUGCAGUUGUUACAUUUUUAAAAAUGUUUGUGUUCCAUGACUUGUUACAGGAAAUUUUCCCCUCAACUAGAGAGAAGUUACUCUUGGAUAAAUUUCUAGGAAAUUACUCUCACCUCAUUCACAGACAUUCCAACCUUUGGUUUUGGUAAUUUCUCUUUUGAAAAGGUGAUUAAUUCACCUAUUUUCUUCAUUGAAGUUGCUUAACUGCUGGUGAAGGCGAAGCACAUUCAAUUUUCUUAUUUAAAGUUGAGGCUUAAAUUAAUAAGUCAAGAAAUGGGGAACCUCGGGAGAGUUGGAAUGUCUCGAUUCAGGCAAACUACAGAUUGAAUUUGCACCUCCUUAAGAGAAACGACAGGAUUUUGUACAUUAGGAUGAACUAGGAAACUUGCCUCUUCCCACCAUUGAGCGAUGGUCAUAGGCGAUGAUGCAGGAUCUCACUGUCAAGGUGAAUUUCUAGGGCAUUUCCCCUACCCUGAGUGUCAGAGGUUUUUCCCAACCACCCAACUUUUUUAAAAGUUUUACAUAAAAGUUUUACAUGUAUUAUAGAGAGCGAGCG